AUGGAUUCAUUGCAUGAUCAAGAGCGCAAGGCCCAUCAAGCGAUCGAAGAAUGGAGCACCAGCCUAAUGGUUCAAAUAAGAGAUUAUACGUCCCAACAAAGGCGUCUUCUUCAACAUGCCUAUGAAAGUCAUCGAAAAUACCUUGAAGACAUGCGUGGCCAAUUCGUUGAAACAAGUUCAAUCUAUGAACAGAAUAAGGAUACUGAAGAAAUAAAUCGACUUAUCGAAAGAUGUAAAACUUUAGAAGUGGAAUUAGUUAAGUUAAACUAUCCUUCAAAGGACACACCAUUUAUUGAAGUUAUACCAGUAGAACCGCCAGAACAAAUGGAUCAUAAAAAGUCCAAUCAAGGUAAAACUGGAAAUGAAAGCAUUGAAAAGUCAUUAAUCGAGAAGAGUGAAACUGAAUCUUUACCUGAUGGAGGAGACUCUGACAUUAACUCAUAUUCAAAAUCAACAUAUGCAACUUUCAAUCGAACAAAGCAAACAUUGACGAAUGCUUCUGAACUUUCCACAAGUGAUAAUGAUUAUAAUAGACCAGAAACGUCUGGUAUUGGCGAUGAUAGCUCGAACAAUAAAUGUCCCGUAUGCUACAUGAUAUUUCCAUCGAACAUGUCAACAACUCUUCGAUCAAUUCACGUGGGAAAACAUUAUGAAGAUAAUUGA